UCGCUGUUUUCUAACAAUCUGUGUCUUGUCAACAAAUUGGCAUUUAUAUUUUUCCUCAGAAUUCAAAAAGUAUAGAGCCUAAAAUACAAAAUAACUUUACGUAUUUAGUUUGGAAUAUUUUAAUUUCUUAAGCUUGAUAUUUCCAAGUGAUUUUAAGCGUGUAAAUCUCUGAAAUAGUGAUUUGUAAUAAUUUUGAGGUUAUAAUUAUUGGUCUUUAUGAUUAUAUUUGUCGUGCCAAAAGAUAAAAUUUCGAUUUUUUAAACAUAUAAUAAAGAUAGUAAAUAAAUAAUUGCAAAUAAAGGAAAGUUUUUGACAAGAGUCAAAGUAAAGUAUGUCGGAAAAUAAAAAAGUUAUACUGGUCACCGGUGGAACCGGUCUUGUUGGUAAAGCAAUUGAAUCAGUCAUCAAAAAUGAGAAUUGUCCAAACGAAAAAUGGAUUUUUGUCAGUUCAAAGGAUGCAGAUUUAUGUGAUAAAGUAAGCACCGAAGAACUAUUUGAAAAAUACAAACCCACUCAUGUGAUUCACUUGGCUGCGAUAGUUGGUGGUUUGUUUUAUAAUAUGAAGUACAAUCUGGAUUUUUUGAGGAAGAAUUUGCAAAUUAAUGACAAUGUUCUGCAAAUUUCCCAUGAAAAAAACGUAAUUAAAGUUGUGUCUUGUCUUUCUACUUGCAUAUUUCCUGACAAAACUACGUAUCCUAUCGACGAAAGCAUGACGGAAGACAAAUUUUUUAAAGUUUUGGGUACUGGAAAGCCUUUGAGACAGUUUAUUUAUAGCAAGGAUUUGGCUAAAUUAAUCAUUUGGGUUCUGCGCAGUUAUGAAUCGAUCGAACCAAUCAUUCUCUCAGUGGAUGAAUCUCAAGAAGUAACGAUAGCGCAUUUAGCAGAGUCUUUGGCAAAAGCCUUUGAAUUCAAAGGUAAAAUUGUAUUCGACACAUCAGCAGCUGAUGGACAAUAUAAAAAAACAGCAAACAACUCGAGGCUGAGGAGCUUUUUACCCGAUUUUUCGUUCACACCCUUUGAAAGGGCGUUACAAGAAACUGUUGAUUGGUAUAAAUGUAAUUAUGACGAAGCUCGUAAUUAGCAAGACUGAAAUAAUAAUACUAUAAAAGAUUAUAUAUUAUAUCUAAAAAAGGCAGAUGAUAUAAAGUGAAGACUUAAUUUUGAAUACAUGUAAAGAGCGCAGAGCAUUUUAUUACUUUUAUUUUUUUAAACAAAAAUUUAAGCUUUUUUCAAUAAAUUACGCUUGGUUUAGCCAC